AUGGCUUCCCUUCGCCUUCGCAUCGAUGGCCAGACAUUCAAAGACCCCCAGAACCGGGAAAUCACCCUGAGGGGCAUCAAUGUGGCGGGCGAAUCCAAGUUUCCUAGGGACCCUGACACCCCCUCCUACGUCUCCGGCGGCUUCUUCGACGCGGAUCAUGUCUCCUUUGUCGGCCGCCCGUUUACUAUCGACGACGCCCACACCCACUUUGCAAGACUGCGCAAGUGGGGCUACAAUACUCUCCGGUACAUCUUUACCUGGGAGGCGAUUGAACACGAGGGGCCUGGGAGGUAUGACGAUGAGUGGAUCGCAUUCACCAUCGAAGUCCUGCGGGUGGCCAAGCAGUAUCAAUUCUACGUUUUCCUAGAUCCCCAUCAAGAUGUGUGGUCCCGUCUAUCUGGAGGGUCUGGCGCCCCGGCUUGGACACUUUAUGCGGCAGGCCUGAACCCCCGAGCCUUCAAGAAGACCGAAGCUGCCCUGGUGCAGAAUACCUAUGACAACCCCGCCGAGUUUCCGAAAAUGAUAUGGAGUACAAACUACACUCGGCUGGUCUGCCAGACCAUGUUCACGCUGUUUUGGGGAGGUCGGGACUUCGCUCCCAAGGCGAUUAUCAAUGGUGUGAACAUCCAGGACUACCUUCAAGGUCACUUCAUUGCGGCAUGCAGAUACCUUGCACAGAAGAUCCACGAAGCUGGCGAUAUUGAAAACGAAGUGGUGAUUGGAUGGGAGAGCAUGAAUGAGCCCCAUAGGGGUCUGAUAGGGGUCCAAGAUAUAUCGGUAAUCCCGCCAGAUCAGCAGCUGCAGCUGGGCACAUCGCCAACUGCCUUCCAGGCCAUACUCACGGGAUCUGGCCGUGCAUGUGAGCAGACUGUCUGGGCCUUCGGCGGCUUUGGUCCUCACCAGACGGGCAGGGAGCUCGUAGACCCGGAGGGCGAGUCUGCAUGGCUGCCAGCCACCCAUGAUGACAAUAAGUACGGCUGGAAGAGAGAUCCGGAUUGGAAAUUGGGAGAAUGCCUUUGGGCUCAGCAUGGGGUAUGGGAUCCAUCAUCGGACCAACUUCUACAGAAAGAUUACUUCUCUAAGAGGCCGCAAACCGGAGAGCCCCUUGAUUACGACAGAUUUACCAAUUCAUAUUUCCUGGAACACUACCGAGCCUACCGAGAUGCCAUCCGAAGUGUUUGGUCAGGUGCGAUCAUGUUGUGCCAACCGCCUGUCAUGGAAAUCCCUCCUGACUUGAAGGGGUCGGUUGACGACGAUCCGAACAUGGUUCACGCGGUGCAUUACUAUGAUGGCCUUACGCUCUUGACAAAGCACUGGAACCGAUUGUACAAUGUGGAUGUAAUUGGUGUUCUUCGCGGAAAGUAUCUCGCACCGGCAUUUGCUGUCAAGAUCGGCGAAUCUGCCAUCCGCAACUGCCUGCGUGACCAGCUCAAAUUCCUGAGAGACGAAAGUCUGCGGUACAUGGGCAGCCAUCCAUUAAUUUUCACCGAGAUUGGUAUUCCGUAUGACAUGGAUGACAAAUAUGCCUACAAGACCGGUGACUAUAGCAGUCAGGUUAGUGCGAUGGAUGCGAACCACUUCGCGCUGGAAGGUAGCACUGGCAAUGGCUUUACAUUAUGGCUUUACACCACCACAAACAAUCACGAGUGGGGCGACAACUGGAAUGGCGAGGACUUAUCUAUCUUUUCCCUCGACGAUUUUGAACUUCCAAGCGGAAAGCCUCUCGUCCUAGAAAGCGAGUCUCAACCCAACCAAGACCCCCAUUCCCCCGCCUAUUCUGAAAGCCAAAGCAACCCCGAGAACCAAGCAAUAGGGCCCCGAAACCUGAAACACGCCCUAUCACCGCCUUCCAUUACAUCGGACUCCACCCAGGCCAGCAAGGACAAACUCGGCUUCCGAGCUGGAGAGGCCUUCAUCCGACCCAGCCCCAUCUUCACAAACGGUCUGAUAUCGAAGUAUCAAUUCGACCUCCGAAGCUGCACAUUCACCCUCUCAUUAGUGGGAAAGGAACGAGCCAUGGGCGAUGAGACCGCAACUGAGAUAUAUCUGCCUGAAUUCCAUUUUCCUGACGCGCAGACCGUCGUUUCUGUUAGCAGUGGCAAGUGGUCCAUCGAUUAUCUGCAGAUAAACUCCGUCAAGAUACAGCUUCUCCGCUGGUGGCACAUGGCAGGCGAUCAGGAUAUCAAGAUCCAGGGCGUGAAGCGGAAACCCGGCGACCAGAACAGCGUUGUAUCGGGUGAUGAUGUGUCCUAUCUCGAGCAAUGUCAGACUGGGGCUUGCAUGGUUAUGUAG